CACUUUUCGGUGUUUUGCUGCACUACAGCAGAACAGGUGCCGGCGUUUGUUUUAUUUAUAUCUGGUAAGGAAGUAAGCAAGCAAUCCGUUCCACAAAGCACCUCAUGACUCAUUUAAGGAAAAUUGCUGAAGAGGAACUAUAUAAAUAACUGGUUUAACGUGCGAUAGUGUCAUAUCCUAGUGGUACGUGGUAUGGAAAUGGGGAAGAUGCUCAUGUCAGCUGUUUCGGUGUUGUUUGUGACGUUAUUCUUGAACCUAGCAAACGGUCAGGAUCUGACAGGUGAUCCCCUUGUUGUGAGGACUGCAGAGGGCUACCUCAAAGGCAGUAUCUUAAUUUCACGGAAAGGAAAAUCUAUAUAUUCUUUCCGAGGGGUGCGAUUCGCUCAACCACCAGUUGGAAAUCGCAGAUUUAAGGCACCAGUGCCUCUUGAGCCGUGGGAUGGAGUUAAGAAUGCCACAGCAGAUGGUUUUGCCUGUCCUCAGCCAGAAGCAAAUACAACCAUUCCAACUUCGGAAGACUGCCUGUUUCUAAACGUUUAUACCACAGAGCUUCCAAGCAAUGGAAGCAAUCCAAAUAGGUCUGUCAUGGUCUUUUUUCAUGCUGGAGGAUGGUUCAGUGUGACAGGAGUGAGUGCUAUAUAUGGACCUCAGUAUCUCAUGGAUCAGGAUAUAGUCCUGGUGACCACCAAUUACAGACUAGCUGCUCUUGGUUUUCUGAGCACAGGUGAUGAGGUGCUGCCUGGAAACUAUGGCAUGAAGGAUCAAGUAGCAACACUACGUUGGGUAAAAGAGAAUAUUGCAGCAUUUGGCGGUAAUCCUGACAGCGUCACUAUUGCAGGCUACAGUGUUGGAGGAGCUAGUGUGUGGCUGCAUAUGAUAUCACCAAUGUCAAGAGGUUUAUUCCAUCGAGCUAUUUCUAUGAGCCCAUCCAUCAACACUUUUUGGGAUGUGAAUGGUGAUCCACUGACCCAGGCUAAGAAACAAGCUGCUGUGCUGAACUGUCCAAAUAAUACAUCAAGACAAAUCAUCGAUUGCCUCAUGCAGAAGAGUGCACAAGAAAUUGCUAGUACAUAUGGAGAUAUGUUGGAUUGGGGAUAUGAUCCAAUUCUAUUCUACACACCUGUUAUAGAACAAGAAUCAGAUGAAGAACAAUUCCUCACAGAGAGCCCCAUGAAAUCCCUGUUAGACGGUAAAUUUAUGAAUAUACCUUGGAUGACUGGCAUGAACAAAGACGAAUUCAUCUAUCGUGCUCUGAAUGUGAUUAGCAAUAGCAGUUGGGCAGAGGACAUGUAUGAACGUUUUGAUGAAGUUUCACCAAUUGCAUUUAUGUAUGAAAAAGAAACAAACAAAUCUUACGGUGCCAGCCAUGGUCUUAAGGAAUUUUAUUUGCAUAAUGAACCAAUAACUUUACACUCACUCACUGGUCUUGGAAAUCUCUACUCAGAUGCUAUUAUUCGCUAUGGCCAACACCUCACAUCUAAAUUGGUUUCCAGUAGGAGCAAAGAGCCUGUGUUUUCCUACCUCUUCGAGUAUCAGGGACGAUAUAGUCAUGCUUACUGGCCAAGGACUCAAAAUCCAUAUGGUGUGGUCCACCAUGAUGACCUGAUCUAUCUGUUCUAUAUAUCUACACUUUUCCCAGAGUUUAAGGCUCAGGACCCUGAGUCACAAAUGGUUGAAAAACUCACGCAAUUAUGGGCCAACUUCGUUCAAACUGGGAAUCCCACUCCAGAAAAGUCAGAGCUGUUAGAUAACGUUACAUGGGAGAGAAUGACUGCUGAGAAUCUUGCAUAUUUGAGUAUUGGCCAUGAACUGAAGAUGGAUAAAGGAAUGUUUGAGGACCACAUCGCUCUGUGGGAACAACUCUUUCCACCUCAGUAAUAAUAUUUUAACUCCUUUGCAGUUAUAACAUAAAAGAAGUGUAAGUAAUAGCAUUAUAAAAAUUGAGUAUCCUUGCAUAAAUUUCGAAGGGACAUGUGUAAUACAGAAAAGUCGUGGUAAUGUAGAAAUAUGUAUAGUAAGCCCAUCAGUAUUGCCUGUCUCUUAACAUUAAUACUUGAGUAAUUAAUUUUCAAAUUAUUUCUUUUGAACUACCAUGCAGUCCUCUAAUCCAGGUUUAUGGUAGAAAUUGGACUCUUAUAGCAGCCCCUGAUGAUAGAUUAGUAUAGAAUACUGAGAUCAGUGCUCAGGAUAAACCUGUCUUAAUGUCCAUUUAUCCACCAUGGAUCCCAUAAGGGUUACCUUGUUAUUGAACCAAGGCAUCAGCACCUAUUCUUCUGAGCUAUGGCAAGGCUAUAAUGAGCAAUGAAUAAUGUUCAGGGCUUGUAUAAUGCCACUUAUUUUGAUUCUGUAACAUUCGUAGUUCACAUGUUCUUAUGUGAAUUUUAUAUUUUAAUAACCUUUAUUUUGUAUUCUUAUAUCAGGUUAAUAGAACUGAAUUUACAUUAGGUUUGUGUUUGUAAGAAAAUACAAAAUGCACUGUUCUGAGAAGGUAGGUGUCAGAUGAU